AUGGCGCAAACUCACGGGGUCCUGAAUAACGAAGAGUUCUGCUGUCCCAUAUGCCUGGACCUGCUUAAAGACCCAGUAGCUAUUCCCUGCGGGCACAGCUACUGCAUGGGCUGCAUCAGGGGCUACUGGGCCAGCGAUGGUGACUUGGAAACAGUCAGCUGUCCCCAGUGCAGACAAUCCUUCACACCAAGGCCCAUUCUGAAACGAAACACGCUACCGGCUGAGAUGGUGGAGGAGCUGAAGAAGAUGCACCUCCAGGCCGCCUCACCUGCCACCGCCGCCACCACCACCUCCACUGCUACGGCGGCGGCACUCUGCUUGGGCACAUCGGAGGAUGUGCCGUGCGACCUGUGCACCAGGAGCAAGCGCAGAGCCGUGAAGUCGUGCCUAAUGUGCCUCGCCUCCUACUGCAAGCUGCACCUGCAGGCACACUACGAGUGCCCCGCGCUGAAGAAGCACAAGCUGGUGGAGGCCGCGGCCCAGCUACAGGACAAGAUCUGCCCACACCACGACAAGCUGCUGGAGAUUUACUGCCGCUCAGACCAGAAGUGUGUCUGCAUCCUGUGCGUAAUGGAGGAACACAAGGGCCACGACACGGUCUCAGCUGCAGCAGAGACCACGAGGAAGCAGAGGGAGCUGGGGAUGGUGAGGAGGAAAUUUAAGCUGACCAUCCAUGCCAGAGAGAAGGAGCUGCUGGAUCUCAGGCAGGCUGUGGACACUCUGAAGGAAUCUGCACAAAGUGCGACGGAGACCAGCGGCAGGAUCUUCAUGGAGCUGAUGUCAUCCAUUGAGAGGCGGCACACUGAGGUGAGGGAGCUGAUCGAGGCACAGGAGCGGGCUGCCGCGGCUCUCCUGGCCCGGCUGGAGGAGGACCUGGCCGAGCUCAGGAAGCAGGAUGCACAGCUGGAGUUCCUGCUCCACACAGACGACCACAUCCACUUUCUCCAGUGCAGCCAGUCACUCUCUGCCCCGUCUGGUGUCACGGACCCAGCAAGCAUUCACACAGACCCGCUGCUGGACUUUGGGAAGAUGAACAGUGCUGUCUACGCUCUGAGGAAGAGACUUGAGGAUGUCCUCAAGGUGGAAUGGCCAAAGAUCACCAGGGCGGCAAGCACUGUGAAAAUUGUCCAGAGUCCAGAGCCCAAGAUCAGGCCAGAGUUCCUAUACUACUCCAGUCCAUUUAAAUUAGACCCGAGAACAGCCCACAAGGACCUCUCCCUGUCCCAGGACAAUGAGGUGGUGACGGUGCGGAGCAGGGAGCACUCCUGCCCGGACAACCUGGAGCGCUUUGACUACUGGUGCCAGGUGCUGGCCGGCGAGGGGCUGUCCGGACGCUGCUAUUGGGAGGUUGAGUGGAGCGGGAUGGGGGUCAACAUGGCCGUGGCCUAUGGGGACAUGAGCAGGAAGGGGGAGGGAGGGGAUUCUCACUUUGGCCACAACGACAGGUCGUGGAGCCUGUUCUGCUCGCGGAAAGGCUUUUCUUUCUGGCACAACAACGUGGUCACCAAAAUACCGGGCCCUUGCUCAUUUAAGAUAGGCGUGUAUCUGGAUCACAGGGCGGGGACCCUGUCCUUCUACAGCGUCUCUGACACCAUGAGCCUUCUGCAUCGAGUAAAAGCAACAUUCACUCAGGCCCUCUAUCCUGGCUAUGAGUUUGCCUGCUACGGAGCCUCUGUUAAAUUGUGUCAAAUGGAGUGAGCAAGCUGCAAAUUAGUGGUAAAGAAAUGGCACACUUAAAGAAAUAUUGAGAUGUAAAAGUCAAGAUUUCCCCCGGUCACUGUGGUUAGUUUCUGCUGCGCUGUGGCAUGAGUCAUUUUGCGUCGCUGAGAGCGGUUUGUUUGGGUUUGUUGUUUUCCAAAAAUAGCGAAUCGCGAGGCGAACAUGACAAAUUUGAAGGAAAUGUUUACUGCAGAGUGGGCCUACAACAAGGACUGUGCCAAAACAUUAAGCCACAGAGGUGCUAUCAAGGCCUCGUCAUACACACGUCCACUGUAUGUUUUAUCACGUUUCUUACAUUCCUUUACUAACGCAACACUCCCUGUAGACACACUCACUGGCUGUAAUUCAUGACUGCUGGAGUCCUCUUCUCCCGGAGCUCAGACGCACUGUGAGUCAGCUGUCCUUUCACUGACCCCUCAGAUGACAACCCCCUGACAACUUAGAUGGAAACGCCAAUUAUUGCCAUAGCAUUCCAAGCACACCAUACUUUACUGGUGUAUUGUGCUUGGACACUCUAUUGCUUUUUACAGUACUAUAAUUACAAUGUGUAUAAGGUAAAACACACUCAGGUUUUUACGUUUUUUGUUGACAACCACAAAUUGUAGACAUAAAAACAUUAAAAAGAAAAGAAAGAACCUUCUAAUGUAGAUUACAUGGAUAUGUUGAUAUUUUGUGUAUUAUACUGAUAUACUGAUUACGCACCACACUCAAAUAAAGGCUACUCUUCUGUGUAGCUCAGUUUCAAUCCCACCAUGAUUUUGUGAUCUUGUGUUUUCGCAAAUUCAAGGAUUUCCUACAAUUAUGAGUUUCAAUUUUCUCUUUUUACCACAAUAUUUCCACACAAAAAAACGCCGUCAUGGAAUUUUUACAUUAUUUGACAUUGCAAAAAAAAAAAAAACACAGAAAAAAUACUUCUAUUUGCCAUUUUUGAGAAUU